AUGGAGGCGCCGCUGCUGCAGGCGGGGGGCGGGGGUGCGGAUGAUUGGGAGGGGGACUGCCCGCCGGUGAAGGGGUGGAGGGACGCAUGGAAUGUAUAUGUGGAGGAGUCGAAGAAGUUGUGGUGGAUCGCGGCGCCCAUCGUCUUCAACAUCCUCUGCCUCUACGGAGUCAACUCGGUGACGCAGAUAUUCGUCGGGCACCUCGGCAACCUGGAGCUCUCCGCCGUCGCCAUUGCCCUCUCCGUCAUCUCCAACUUCUCCUUCGGAUUCCUCGUAAAUCCCCACCUCCCCUCUCCCUCUCUCCUCUCUCUCUCUCUCUCUCUCUCUGGGGAGGGUCUUGGAGAUCUUUUCCUGCUUGGGUUGAAACUAACCUGCUGCUGCUGUAUGUUGUAGCUGGGGAUGGGCAGCGCGCUAGAGACACUGUGCGGGCAGGCGUUCGGCGCGGGGCAGGUGAGGAUGCUGGGCAUCUACUUGCAGCGGUCGUGGAUCAUCCUCAUCUUCUCCUGCUUCAUCCUCUGCCCCAUCUACGUCUUCGCCACCCCCAUCCUGAAGCUCCUGGGACAGCGGGACGACAUCGCCGAGCUCGCCGGCCGCUUCGCCCUCUGGAUCAUUCCCCAGAUGUUCGCCAACGCCAUCAAUUUCCCCGUGCAGAAGUUCCUCCAAGCCCAGAGAAAGGUCACCGUGCUGGCCUGGAUCGGCUUCAUUGGCCUGGUGGCGCAUGUGAUCAUGCUCUGGGUGUUCCUCUUCGUCCUCGACUGGGGGCUCUUGGGCGCCGCCGUCGCCUGUAACCUCACAAGGUGGAUCAUCUCCCUCGCCCAAGUGGCCUACGUUGUCGGCUGGUGCAAGGACGCAUGGACCGGUUUAUCCUCCGCCGCCUUCAAAAAUCUCUGGGCCUUCGUCAAGCUCUCUCUCGCCUCCGCCGUCAUGCUCUGCCUCGAGAUCUGGUACCUCAUGGUCCUCGUCGUCCUCACCGGUGGCCUCCAGAACGCAGAGAUUGCUGUCGACUCCAUCUCCAUCUGGUCUCAAAAAUCUCCCCCUUCCAGCCGCACCGUACACCGACGUGACCUUCUCUGUCUUUUCUAACCCUUUCUCUCUGUCUUUGCAGCAUGAACAUCAACGGCUGGGAGAUCAUCUUCUUCAUCGGAGUCAACGCCGCGGUCAGGUAAAGCGCCGCCCAUGCUUGACCGCCUUCUGGGUCGCGGCGAGUUGACACACCGACUCUCAUCUUUUCCAGCGUCCGGGUCUCGAACGAGUUGGGCUCGGGCCGCCCGAGGGCCACCAAGCACGCGGUCAUGGCGAUUAUCGUCACCUCGUUAGUGAUCGGACUCGUCUGCAUGGGUGGCAUCCUCGGCCUGCGGGAUCACUUCGCCGUCAUCUUCACCAGCGACGGGGAGCUCCAGCGCGCCGUUGCCAACGUGGCCUACCUCCUGGCCGUAACAAUGGUCCUCAACAGCGUUCAGCCCGUUAUCUCAGGUACCAAUGGGCCGGGCCCAAUUGUGAGUUCAUUCAGGGCCAAGUGUUUUCCUUCGUUGUGGGCCUAAAAUCCUUACUUCGCAGGUGUCGCCGUGGGAGGGGGCUGGCAGGCCUUGGUAGCCUACAUCAAUCUGGGCUGCUACUACGUUUUUGGCCUCCCUCUGGGCGUCGCUUUCGGAUACUGGUUCCACUGGGGAGUGAAGGCAAGGGACCACCCCGCGCUGUGUCCUACUGGGCUUUUAUUCUUUUUGGGGCCUUCUAAUGGGCUUCAAUUGUGCAGGGUAUAUGGGCCGGCAUGCUCUGUGGAACGACGGCCCAAACGCUGGCCCUACUGGCGGUGAUCUGGAAGACCAACUGGAACGCCGAGGUAACUAAACUAGUAACUUUUGGGCGACUUACAUUGAUCGCACAUGGGAGAGCGGGGCCCUGACGUGGAGGUUUCUGAUGUGUUGCAGGCCGCACAAGCAUCGACACGUGUGCAGAAGUGGGGUGGAGCCCAGAAUGGUAACGGCAGGGUGGAGGGGUGA